ACAGUAUUACAAACCUAUAACUGUGAAAUAUGCCAAGAAAAAAACAAACAAAAAACCCUUGUCACAAACAUAAUAGAAGGAACUAAUUUGUAUUGUUAAGUACAAAGUGUAGUGCUUUGUUCAGAUCAAAGCUGCCAAUGAGACCAUGAGAACAUUUUGUAAAACAUUAAGCACAAAGGUAAACAAUCCUGUCUGGGAAACAGUAAAUAUACUGUAUGCUGCCUGUCAUUGGCUAUACAUCACGUGUCAAUGACUGAAGAUAAUGGCAUAAAACCAUCAGAUUCAGUGCCAUUCUGAUAAAAACAUCAGCAUACAGCACAGUAAUCUGACACGCUUCAGAUAAAGCAUUAAGAGUGAGAGUAACAAUAGCUGUUCUUCUUCUGUACAAAAGUUUUACAGGUUUGAAAUUCACUGCAACAGAACUGGUCGCCUCUGAAAUGACUACUAAAGAAGGCACUUUUCUUCAAAAUGAAGCCCAACAGCAGACCUGUCCUUUCAAAAAACUAUGCACGGACCUGCUGAAGGAGCUUGGAGCAUCAGAGGAGAAAUUACAAGCCACAGAGACACGACUCAAAGCUCUUGAAAACACAGUGCAAGAGCUGACGUCCAGACUUGCUAACAGUGAAGCUCAGAUCGAGAAAAUCCAAAUGGAAAACAGAGACAGACCAAAUGUGGCAUUUUCAGCUUCAGCAGGGUCCGUUGGUUUCUUUGGACCAUUUAACACAGAUAUAACACUGGCUUACAAGAAUGUCAUCAUGAAUGUUGGUGAUGCCUACAACCAGGCCACAGGUAUUGUUAAUCCACAUGUUUUAUAUUUCUGAAAACACACUUCCAUAACUCAUGUGCACAACUGUUAACUGGAGAACUGUCUGACUCUUUAACAGGGAUUUUCACAGCACCAGUCCUGGGAGUAUAUUAUUUCAGCUUCUUCUACCAUUGUGGAGCUGAUCAGCCGACACUGUUGACCUUGCGUAGAAAUGGAAAACAAGUGGCAAUAACACAACAUCACAAGAGUAGCUGUCACAGAGAAUGGAGGCAACGGUGUAACGCUGCUCUUAGAGAAAGGAGAGCAGGUCUAUAUUGUGCUCCAGAAGAACACAAGGAUCUGGGAUGACAGUAAUUUCUCAAUGUUUAGUGGUUUUCUUAUCAAUGCCAUGUAAAUAAAACACGUCCUG